UCUCUGGGUGUUUGGCUGACGGGCUGAACCACGUUGUGUUUUCCGAGCGUGUGUGCCCUCGCUCUCGCUCUACACCCUCCCCUCUCUUGUCGUCCUCCCUGCCUCCCUCCUCGGCUACAGUAGAGCUAUCUAUCUUCAACUCGCAUCGCACUCACAGCACUGUCAGUACUGGGAAUCCAGGCGCGAUCAUGGCGCAGCGCGUGGCACGUCUGCGUCCGAAGCGAACCGUUCUUACCCUGCGCCCGUACUGGGCUCUGAUUCUCGUCUGUGCCUGGACAGCACUGUCAACAGAACCGGCUCUUUGUGACAGCGGCGGAUUUUUGAAACGCAGCAGCAGCGGAGGAGGAGGAGGAGACCGCGCUUUUGACAGCGGCGCGGCGGCGGACGACGUCGGAGGCGGCGGCGGAGAUGGAAUGCCGUAUCUGCCGGGAUUCACCCAUCAGGACGCGGACCCGGGUGGAGCGCUCCCCCGGCGACUCAGAAGAGCGGCGGCCCGGGAUAAAGUCUCCCUGAUCAGCAGCUCGUUCGUGCUCAAGGGAGAUGCCACUCACAACCAGGCAAUGGUACACUGGACAGGCGAGAACAGCAGCGUUAUCCUCAUCCUCACCAAGUACUACCACGCCGACUCCACCAAGGUGCUGGAGAGCUCCCUCUGGAGGUCCAGUGAUUAUGGCACCACCUACACCAAGUUGAAUCUGAUGGCGGGAACAACAAUUAUUGUCACCAACUUCUACAUCUGUCCUACCAACAAGAAAAAGCUGUACGUUUCCAGCGAUUUGGGACGCAAAUGGACGCUCCUGCAGGAGCGAGUCACCAAGGAGCAUGUGUUCUGGUCUGUCCCCGAGGUGGACGUGGAUCCUGACUUGGUUCACAUGGAGAUGCAAGACACAAGUGGAGGUUUCCUCUAUGUGACGUGUCUGAUCCAAAAUUGCUCAGAUAAAAUGGUGACCGCUCAGUUCCUGGGGAAGAUCGAUCGCGACUCCCUCACGGUGCAGGACGAGUACAUAUUUGUGAAGGUAACCACAGGGAACCGGACCAAGCACUAUGUCUCCUUCAAGAGGAACGAGUUUGUCCAGAUGAGGUUCCCCAAGUACGCCCUGCCCAAGGACGUGCAGAUCGUGAGCACGGACGAGAACCAGGUCUUCCUGGCGCUGCAGGAGUGGUACCAGACGGACACGUACAACCUGUACCAGUCGGACCCGCAGGGCGUCUACUACUCCAUCGUGCUGGAGAACGUGCGCAGCACCAAGCAGCCCGAGGAGAGCGUGCUCAUCGACAUCCUGGAGGUGCGAGGAAUUAAAGGUGUCUUCCUGGCCAAUCAGAAAGUGGACGGCAAGGUGACCACCCUCAUCACCUACAACAAGGGGCGGGACUGGGAGCCUCUGGCCCCGCCCUCUAUCGACAUGAACGGCAAACCGGUUACAUGCAAGUCGCCUGACUGCCAGCUCCACCUCCAUCUCCGCUGGGCGGACAACCCCUACGUGUCCGGUACGGUCCACACCAAAGACUCGGCCCCUGGACUCAUCAUGGGCGCAGGUAACAUCGGAUCCCAGCUGGUGGAGUAUAAAGAAGAGAUGUACAUCACCUCUGACUGUGGGAGGACUUGGAGACAGGUGUUCGAGGAGGAGCAUCACAUCCUCUACCUCGAUCAUGGCGGAGUCAUUGUAGCCAUCAAGGACACCUCCAUCCCACUCAAAAUCCUCAAGUUCAGCAUUGACGAGGGCCGCACGUGGAGUGUGCACAACUUCACCAGCACGUCAGUGUUUGUGGACGGUCUCCUCAGUGAACCGGGAGACGAGACUCUGGUCAUGACGGUGUUUGGCCAUAUCAGCUACCGCUCCGACUGGGAGCUGGUGAAGGUGGACUUUCGUCAGUCCUUCCCCAGACAGUGCACAGAGGCCGACUACGACUCCUGGAAACUCACAGACCAGCAGGGAGAGAAGUGCAUCAUGGGCCAGGAGAGGACCUUCAGGAAGAGGAAAGACAUGUCCUUCUGCAUCAAGGGCAAAAGCUACACCUCCUCACUUACCUCCAAGCCCUGCCAGUGCACGGAGAAGGACUUCAACUGUGACUAUGGGUUUGAGCGAGCCCAGAGCCUGAAGACAGAGGGAGAUCGCUGCUUCGCUGACUUCUGGCACGACCCUGAUGCUCCGCCUGAGGACUGCCACAUCGGACACACUUACGAGUCUAGCACAGGGUACCGCAAGGUGAUCUCCAACGUGUGCGAGGGGGGCGUGAACAAGCAGCAGAGCGCUAAGCAGCACACCUGUCCUCUGCUGCCGCCGGCUCAACUGCAGCUCGGCAUCAAGGGACAGAUGCUAGCCGUGGCGCCCGGUGAUGACAUCACCUUCAUCCUCCAUCAGGAGCAGGGCGACACCAGCAACACCAAGUACCAGGUGGACCUGGGGGACGGCGUGCGGGCCAUCUACCAGAACCUGACCGUCACGGACGAGCCCAUACAGCACCGCUACGAGAGCCUGGGCGUCUACCGGGUCACCGUGAGGGCCGAGAACAACGCCGGCCACGACCACGCCACCCUCUACAUCCAGGUCACAGCUCCUUUACAGGAAGUGCACCUGGAAGUGGUUCCUAUUGCUGGUACGAACCAGGAAGUGAACCUGACGGCCACAGUGCUUCCCUCUGAGGCCAACCUGACUGUCUUCUACUGGUGGAUUGGUGAUGACUUACAGCCCAAACUCACCCUGGAGAGGAGUCUGAUCACUCGGUUCACAGAGUCCGGCGAGGUCUCCGUCACUGUCCAGGCCUCCAACAGCCGCUCCAUGGUGCAGGACAGUAAGACAGUCCGAGUGUACGACCACUUCCAGGUGAUUCCGCUGAGCUUCAGCAGGAACCUCGACCGCUUCAACCCCAACAUCCCAGAGUGGAGGGAGGACAUCGGCCAGGUGGUCACCAAGAUCCUGGCCAAGAUCACUGGGAUUCCACAAGACUCUCUGGUUACCAUGGUGAAACCUGGCCUUCCAACCACAGCAGACCUCUAUGUGCUUCCUCCAGAGAGUACGACUGCCAAGAGGAGUGUGUAUGUGGAUAAGCGUAUCUCGUCCAUAAAGCAGGCUCUGAACGAGAACAACGUCAGCUUCAUCGUGCGGGGAGGCCUUCAGGUGCUGGUUUCCCUCGCUGACCCCAAUGCAGGAGUGUCUUUCAAGGGAGUGGUUGCUAAUGGUUCAACAACCACAGGCGCAGAUAUUGGUUCGCGCUCCGGGGCAGCCAGUCCAGGUGUGUGGGCUCUGGCCGUCCUGGUGCUGCUCAGCCUGAUGGCCAGCGGGGCCUUCAUGCUCUACAAGUUUAAAAGAAAGCUUCCCGGCAGGAACGUCUACGCUCAGAUGCACAACGAGAAGGAACAGGAGAUGACCAGUCCGGUCAGUCACAGCGAGGACACGCAGAACAUCAUACAAGGCGAGGAGUUCAUCGACGAUGACCUGGACUCACAGACACUGGGCAACCAUUCGGGCGUGGUCCUGAGCAUCAACUCCAGAGAGCUGCACAGCUAUCUGACCAGCUGAUGGGAACACACUGGGGAGCACUGAGGACUCUGUCGUCUUUUCCUGAAAUCUGAUUGGUUCCCACCCCUUCACCCACCACCACCACCUCCCACACUCUCCCCCACUGUUCUGAAGGGGUAAGGGGCAGGGGAGAAGCCUGCCCGAACCAGAUCCCGUCCGACCUUUGAACCCAGGGCCUCUCCUUCCCACUCUCUCUCUCUUUCUCUCUGUCUCUCGUUCGCUCUUCCUCUCUCUCCCAUCAUCUCUUUCCCCUCUCAUCCAGUCCUACACUCCCUCUCUUUUGUGGGACCAGAGGUGAUCUUGAUGCCACUGUUGAUGCCAGCCUUUAUGCCACCCUGUUAAUCCCCACACACACACACACACACACACACACACACACACACACACAUACUGUAUACACACACACACACACACAACCUCACCCCACCUUACGUCUCGUCUCGGUGCAUAAGCGUCGCCUCCCCGAUUAUUGGGCAUUUCCUGUCCUUCAGCUGUUCCUAACGGCCCGCUGGGGGAGCCUGGAGUCGGACAGUGCCACCAAAAUGAUGUUGCCUGAUUGCUUUGCUUUUGUUUGUCUUUCAUUUUGACUGUUUGUUUUUACGGAACUGUUUUCGUUUUGUCUGGGAUGUCUUUGUAUUUCACAGUUGUUGUACUCUUUGUUGUUUUCCCAUGGUCUGUUUUCACGUUGUUCCUAUCUUUAUCUUACCCCAAACUCUCUUUCUUUCGUUCGUCUCGUUCUCAUAAUCGCCAUUUACUGGUUGUUGUUCGUUUUUUUGUCAUGGUUUAGCUUAGGUUAGGGUUUCGUACAGCGGCGGGUUCAGCUUUUUUUCACUACUUCCACCUGAAAUCAAGUGACAGGUGGAGCAGGCUGUUGCCGGAUGAAUCUUAACCAAAGCCUAGCUAGCAGGUGUGAUGCUAACUCACUGUGGUCCUAUAUUUGAGCACAAACGGGUGUCUUUUGGAGUCUGUGGAGGCUGCCUGCCACACAGGAACACAUAGGCCAACCCCUCCAUCUCUCAGAUGCAGGUUUCUCUCUCUCUCUCUCUUUAUCUCUCUCUCUUUCUCUUUCUCUCUCUCUCUCUGCCUUCCUCUGUCCUUUUUUCUGUCUCUUAAGAGGUACACGUUACAGGCCUGUAACUUUUUGACAUGGCAUGAAAUGCUCUCGCCACUUUAUAUCCGAACAUAAUCUAGCUCCUCGUCUACAAAUGCAAUAAUUCAGAUCGUCACUUUCACUUAGGAGGGGGAACUGCCCGCAGCACUGCGGCAAAGGCGUCAGUGUCCACAAGAUGGCGCCACUGUGCCAUUUGAAAUGAUGCUGUGACGGGCAGUCAUCAGCCAGCACUGUGCUGCUCCCUGGCUGUGGGCUGAAAAUGUGUCCAACGUACAACCCCGUGCUUAUCUGGCCGUUGUAUUCCUUUUGUCACAGGUUAUAAUUAAGUGUCUAUAUGAGGUAUUAUGGUUAAUAUUUUGUACAUUUACAGAUAAGUCACAGCAGGAAAAUCAUUUUAUAGUCAUUUCGCCAUGCACCCGUCUAAAUUGAAGUAUACUCCUCUGGCUGUCUUAAAUCACUCUUAUUUAUUUUCCUGAGUGGAUAUUGGUUAUUUCUUAUUCCGGGGCGCCAAUCAAAUUCAAAUCUAGUUCCCCAAACAAACAGUGUUAGUGUUGAAGAUUUGUUUCUCAUGUGUUUUCUUUCGUUUUCUUCCAUCCCAGAGCACAGAUGUUCCUGCUGUAAUAAAGGCCUAUAUUAGGCUAAGCAGAACAUGGAGAGAUUUCCCUUUAGUCUGGCUCGUGUAUAUAGCUAAUGCUUGUAAAUAUAUUAACAAGAAUAAUUCAACAACAACAGAAAAGAAUAAAAAGCGACGAAAAGAAAACAAAAAGCAACUCUGACUGUACAUAUCUGGCCACACAAGUGGAAAUGUAAUUUCACAUUAAUACCAAAAGGUGCACUUGUUUUUUGGGAUGCCCACCUUAAUGACACACAGCGGACACACUCACAUUUAGUCACCAACACAUAGUUACACAUCGUUUUCACUUCUGUUUUUCUUACGUGUGCUGGUGAAUAAAGACCUUUCGAAUGGUACAGUUGAUCUUUAGCUUCACAAUGUAAACUCAUUGUCCAGUAGCCUACUGUUCCAGCAGUUAGCGUAGGCUAAUGGCGCUGACAGACACUUCUGUGCACUUAAAAGAGAAGUCAAUUACCGUUUCAUAUUGUGUGAAAAAAGAUUUUUUCUACAUUACUUGCUGUUAUUACUGGAUCUUUUAGUUAAUUUAGUUCAAACGAUACUGCUUUGUCAGUGAAACAGUGACUGGUGUGAGUAAACUCCGCUCUUCAGUUGGUUGUGGGCGUGCAGGUCAGGACAUUGGUUGAGAACGACAUUGCAGGCUUGUGAGUGGGCCACCAUUUUGGCUCUUUUGAAAGAUUUACUCAGGAUAAGAGAGUGUCAGUUGCAGUAGUCACCAUUUUUAGAGAAGUGAACAGUCUGUAUGUGUGAUGGGGAUGGGGGUGAGAAGGGGGGAGUUUUUGAUGGUCUUGACAGGGAUGCUUGGAACGCACACAUUUCUUGUCAUCCCCAUGACAGGCAUAGAAGGAUGAUAUUUCAUUUUCUUCAUAAAAAGUUACACAAAAAAAACACAAAAACAACCAUGACCAUUAUUCUAGUAUAUGAUUAUUUGAAAAUAUGUAUUUUUAUUUGUAUUUGUUGACCACACUGCAGGUUCAAAACUGAUAUUUUCUUUUCUCGUAGUUCAUAAUUUUUUUGUACUUGUAUAUGCACAUGUUAAGCUUGUUCUUAGUUUUUAUUUUUUUCUUAAAGUGGUGUGAUGUCUGUGCAUUUCUCCUUCUGUUGCUCUAAAGAGUGUGUGUGUGUGUGUGUGUGUGUGUGUGUGUGUGUGUGUGUGUGUGUGUGUGUGUGUGUGUGUGUGUGUGUGUGUGUGUGUGCGUGUGCGUGUGUGUGUUGAGUGGUGGGAGGAAGUCCACAAGAGUCAGACAUUUUGUAAAGAGACAGUCACUGUUGCUGACAAAAACACCCACCAUGUGAUGAUGACUGCACAGAUAUUUUAUUGAUGCUGUUUUACUCGUUUUUGGACUUUGAUUUGGUUUACUUGUUUGUUUUGAUUUGUAAAUGUUUCUAUGAAGAAUCCUGCUACGGAUACGCUUAGUGCACUUAAAACAGUGUUCUGGAUUGAGACACCUCCAUAACUGUAUAGGUUUGUUCUAAUAAUUAUUUGAUUGGUUCAAUAAAGACUUAACAUUCUUCUGGAAAUAUC